AUGGCAACUGUUGCCCCUAAGGGAAAUUGCCUUGUGGCUCGAGCAAUUCCGUCGGAGAGUCCGGCCGACCAGCUCAGCAAUCUGCUCGGUAAACUGACCGUCAACAGUGACGCCAAUCAAAAAAGUGUCAAUAAGUUCGAAUCUCAACAUGGGGUGACUCCAUCUGACUUCCGUGAUAUCCAAAACAUCAGAUCAUCCGCGUUGGCUAAGAAGACAAAAACUUCGAAAUUCCAGUUGGAUGGCGUCAAGCUAUUUGCUGACUUAACUCCUAAUAGCAAGCAAAACAAGAAGGCUGAAAAGCAGGAGACCAAUGAGAAGGAAAACGAGGAAGAUGUUGAAGUGAAAAAAGAGAAAGAUAAUAAUGAGGAACAAAAAGUGGAUGACAAAGAGAAGAAGGCAGAGAAAGAGCCGGAGGACGGGAACAAGGAAGAAGCAGAGAAUAAGAAGAAUGGAGAGCUUUUAGGAAGGGGACCGGUGCAGAAUAUUCGUGUUGCCAGCGUUGCACCACAUCAUCCAUACAUUAUCCAGAAAGCCCAAAUCCCAUAUGGAUGUGUUCCACAGCCACCAAUGGGCGACAUGGCGGAUAUUACAGCAUACACCGGCUACGGUAGCGGCUAUGAAUGCGGAAGCACUUGGUCGUUUAGCCCAGACACCACAAUUGGGUCGAUCUCCGCUUCGACAACUCCUGACACUGUGUUGUCAUCGGAUGGAUACGGUUCCUCAUCACCGCCUCAGCAUAGCCCAAAGGAUUCGUUGCAAAGUCCCUUUUCCGAGAUUUCCUCUGCUGACACUUCUCGCGUCUUGACUCCGGAAAACAACGAGUUGCCGGAGAGUCUGCAGGACUUCAUCUUGCAGUACUCAAACCAGUACAGCAAGGAAGAGAGUCCAAAGGGACGUCCGCCAUCCGCCGACUCUGGAGUCUGCUCCCCAAUGUCAGCUCGUUCGGCUCCAAAUGCAUCACCACAUGUACCACAAGGAACCUACAGUGGCCCGACUACGCCAUCAUUCAACCAAACCCGCCUCAGCCCACGCACCACUGAGAAUGCCACUGCAAAACAACGUCUCCUCGCUAUUAUUCCUGAAUCCGAUCUUGCAACUGGAUUUCAUUGGGCUUGCACUACAUGGAGUACUUUGCUAUCCAACCGUGAUGCCGAUGGAGACACUCCACUCCAUAUUGUCGCAGCUCACAAUGAUCUCGGAAAGAUUUAUGGAUUGUGUGAGACAAUGAAGAAGACUAUCAAAGAGAAUGAAGCUAGUAUGUACAAUGUCAGCAACAACUUUGGGGAGACUCCACUCUAUGUCGCCGUCUUGCAGAGAAGCUUCGAGGUUGUUGACUACUUCUUGGAAAUCGGUGCAUCUCCCAAUGGUAUAAGCUCCCGAGCCGGUGGAGAUAGUCCGCUUCAUUUUGCAGCAUCACGUGGCAUGACCAAUAUUACUGAGAUCCUUCUUGGCAAGAGAGAGGUCCGUGUGAAUGCAACAAACGAUGAUGGACAAACUCCACUUCUCUGCGCAGUUAAAAUGCAUGGAAUGAUGGAUGAGCAGACUCAACAGAAAAUUGACAACAAGAAUAUCAUGCAAGCACUUAUGAAGGCUGGAGCUGACCCCACUAUUGCGGAAAGUUCAACUGGCAAGAAUAUCGUUCACCACGCUGUCGACAAGAUGGACGUUGACCUCUUGGACUUCCUUCAAACCGUGGUCAACGAGGACACUUUCACCGAAUUGGCCAAUUUGUCGGAUUUCCAAGGAGACACAGCUGUCGACCUUCUCUGUAGUUCGACUCAAACCGAGGACACCAAUAAUCACGUCCGCGAGUGUCUUUAUAUUCGUCUUCUGGCCUCCGGUGCAAUUGGAAACAAGUCGAGAGCAUGA